ACUGAUGGGCUGCCUCCUGCACGCCGCCUGCUGGGGGCCGACCCGCCCCCGGGGCGUGUGCCCUGAUGAGGAAUCGAACCCCGGUCUCCCGGAUCCUAGUCGACGGCCCUCAACCGCUGAGCCACGCCGGCCGAGCUGUUCGGCUCUUCUUAAAAGCGAGCUUAUGAUGCCUUGCAGAAGGAAUACGUGUGUUUAUACAUGUUUCUUAAAUGUCUCCGAAGCAAACGGCCGGUGUUGGUUCUUCAGAAUGAGGCACUUUACCCGCAGCGGCGCUCCUACACGAGCGAGGACGAGGCCUGGAAGUCCUUCCUGGAAAACCCUCUCACCGCGGCCACCAAAGCCAUGAUGAGCAUCAACGGCGACGAGGACAGCGCGGCCGCGCUGGGCCUGCUCUACGACUAUUACAAGGUUCCUCGAGAGAGAAGGUCGUCAACCGCAAAGGCUGAAGUUGAGCACCCAGAGGGCGAUCACAGCAAAAGAACCAGCGUGCCAAACGUGCCCGAGCCGCCCCUCGUUUCUGCCGGAGAAAACAGGGUGCAGGUUCUGAAAAACGUGCCGUUUAAUAUCGUCCUUCCCCACGGCAACCAGCUGGGCGUCGACAAGAGAGGCCACCUCGCAGCUCCCGAUACAACAGUCACCGUCUCCAUAGCAACGAUGCCCACCCACUCCAUCAAGACGGAAACCCAGCCCCACGGCUUCGCUGUGGGGAUCCCGCCCGCAGUGUAUCACCCUGAGCCCGCCGAGCGGGUGGUGGUUUUCGACCGGAGCCUCAACCCCGACCAGUUCAGCUCGGGCGCCCAGCCCCCGAACGCGCAGAGGCGAACUCCGGACUCCACCUUCUCCGAGCCCUUCAAGGAAGGCGUCCAGGAGGUUUUCUUCCCCUCGGAGCUCAGUCUGCGGAUGCCGGGCAUGAACUCAGAGGACUAUGUUUUUGACAGUGUUUCUGGGAACAACUUCGAGUACACGCUAGAGGCCUCCAAGUCGCUGCGGCAGAAGCCGGGAGAUGGCACCAUGACCUACCUGAACAAAGGCCAGUUCUACCCUGUGACCCUCAAGGAAGUGAGCAGCAACGAGGGGAUCCACCACCCCAUCAGCAAAGUGCGGAGUGUGAUCAUGGUGGUGUUUGCUGAAGACAAAAGCAGGGAGGACCAGUUACGGCACUGGAAGUACUGGCACUCCCGGCAGCACACGGCCAAACAAAGGUGCAUUGACAUAGCCGACUAUAAAGAGAGCUUCAAUACCAUCAGCAACAUUGAGGAGAUUGCUUAUAAUGCCAUUUCUUUCACGUGGGACAUUAACGAUGAAGCAAAGGUUUUCAUCUCUGUGAACUGCCUGAGCACAGACUUCUCCUCCCAGAAGGGCGUGAAGGGCCUGCCUCUCAACAUUCAGAUCGACACCUAUAGUUACAACAACCGGAGCAACAAGCCUGUGCACCGGGCCUACUGCCAAAUCAAAGUCUUCUGCGACAAGGGAGCAGAGCGAAAAAUCAGGGAUGAAGAGCGCAAACAAAGCAAAAGAAAAGUCUCUGACGUUAAGGUGCCGCUGCUUCCCUCUCACAAGCGGAUGGACAUCACGGUCUUCAAGCCCUUCGUGGAUCUGGACACGCAGCCGGUUCUCUUCAUUCCCGACGUGCACUUCGCCAACCUGCAGCGGGGCGCUCACGUGCUCUCCAUUGCCUCGGAAGAACUGGAGGGCGAAGGAUCGAACCUGAAAAGGGGGCCGUACGCCUCAGAAGACGAUUUUGUGAUUCCCCCGCCUGCUAAGCUGACCCGGAUAGAGGAGCCCAAGCGAGUGCUGCUCUAUGUGCGGAAGGAGUCGGAAGAAGUCUUCGACGCCCUGAUGCUGAAGACCCCGUCCCUGAAGGGUCUGGUGGAAGCCAUCUCAGACAAAUACGAUGUUCCGCACGACAAGAUUGGGAAAAUAUUCAAGAAAUGUAAAAAAGGGAUCCUGGUGAACAUGGACGACAACAUCGUGAAGCAUUACUCCAACGAGGACACCUUCCAGCUGCAGAUGGAGGAGGUGGGGGGGUCGUACAGACUCACCCUCACCGAGAUCUGAGGGCGUCCGGGCCCACAGGUCCCACAGUCAGGUGAAGGUGUUCCGUCGGUCUCGUGGUUCGCCAAGCACAGGUACACCGGUCAGCCGCCUCCAGACACGCGCAGAGGCCGGUGGAAGGGACUCCUGUCAGCCUGGAGAUGGCAGUGCGCUCGGCUGGGCGAUGGCGCCGAAUCUACUGCAUUGGCGUUUUCUGAUGACAGAGAAAUCUGUAUACUAUUAUUGUGUUUGAGUUUUCUGGUGUAAAUACUUAGAAUUAAGAGUGAAAACUUUGUUCUAGGAUUUAACAGACUCUCUGGGAACCUUUAGGAUAUCUGCUAUGUUAUUUAUAAAACUAUUUUUUUAUUACAGGUUACAUUCAAUGUUAUGUUGUAUUAGCUUCAGGCGUAUAGCACAGUGGCCAGACCGUAAAAACACCGGGACAUCCCCCUUGUCUCGUCACUGUUGGGCCUGCCUGCUCAGUACCACAAGCCGGAAGAGGCAGGGGCAUGGCUUUAAGGAUCUGGGCCCCGGCCUGAGCUCAGUGUCACUACCUGCCUCGGGUUAGUGGGAACCGCGUCCUGAGAAGAAGGGAUCCCCCCUUUCUCCCGUAGCCUCUCAUCUCCCCGCCACCCCCAUAAAUGUUUACUCAGCUAGAGCCGGUCACCGAAACCUUCCUCUGCAGCUUCCUCAAACACACCAACUGCCUUUCUCACGAAGAAUUUCAGCUAAGCUGCCGCGACACUGUACAUAAGUGCAAUACAUGUUCGAAGGCCUGUGUCUGUAAAUGUGUACAUACGUGUCCUAUAUAAAUAGAUAAUAUAUAAAUACGGUGUCUGUACAUACACUGAAGAGAUGCAGUGAGAACUACCUUGAAGACUUUGCCUAGACGCAGGGUUAAGUUAUUUUUGAUAACGUGUGCCAAGCAGAUGGAGUACCGGGCCUGCGGGAAUCCACGGGGACGCUUUCGUGUUCUCCCAGAGGCAGCAGCCAGCCCAUAUCCCAGAGCCCUCGGGCGACAGGUUUGCUUUUGAGACUGUUGUUGCUUGGAUUUCUGCACUGUUUGACAAAUGAAGUAAAGGGAAAACGCUGCUGCAGUCACUGCGACCCACGCGUGUUGUGUGCUGACCUCAGUGGCACGCGCCUAAUACAGGGAACGGU